AUGAAGAUUAUCAUGGGUUAUCGUAGAAGAAGACCAAAAAAUGUAUUUACAUGGUGGGGUAAUAAAUGUGUUGUGUACACAGAUGGAUCAUGCAUAAAUAAUGGAAGAUAUAAUGCUUCGGCCGGAAUUGGAGUUUAUUGGGGUGAAAACAAUAGGUUUAACGUAGGUGAAAGAUAUCAUGGGAAGCAAACAAGUCAAGCUGCUGAAUUAGGGGCUGCUAUAAGAGCUUUGGAAAUUGCCAAUGAAAGAAAUUUUAAUGGUGUAAUUUUGUUUACAGAUUCUAACUAUGUAUAUAAAUCUAUGACAAGUUGGAUUUAUAAAUGGCAGAUAAACGGAUGGAAAGAUGUUAAUGGCAGACCAUUAUCUAAUGAAGAACUAUUUCAAGAAUUGUAUGAUUUAGUUCAAAUAACCAAUGCUGAUAUCAGGAAAGUUAGUGCUCAUUCAAAUAUAGAGGGUAACGAAGAAGCUGAUGCUUUAGCUAGAUUUGGAGCAGAACAAUCUGAUGAUGAUGAUGACGAUGAUUAUUAUUAUUAA